AGCUGGGGCUGUGGAAAAAAAAAAAAAAUCCUCAGCCCCAAGAGGUGGAGGAGUCAUUCUUGGGGCACAGGGAAACUUACAAAGCUUUGACAGAAAUGGGAGUAUUUCUGGCAGUAGGGGUGCAGGCAGUGGGGUGAGGAUGCAGGCGGUGUUGAUGCAGACUUUUAGGGGGAAAUUCAGAGACUGGAUCUGUGGCUCAGGCCUGCUGUCUGGGACCCAGCUACCCAAGGCUGCGUCUUCAGUUCUGGUGCCAGCCUCCUUCCCCCACCUCCAAAGGACCCCCCCCCCCGCCCAUGGAACCUCUCUCUCUCUCUCUCUCUCUCUCUCUCUCUUUCUCUCCCACCCCGGGAAUGAGAGCUGACAAAAAUACAGGACUGGUGCAAAAUCAAAGCAUGAACGUGGCAGCCGCGCUGGCUGAAUCCUACCGUUGUGGGACCUUUUUAGGGUUGGGGGUUGAGUGAGGGCAAGAGGUGGUUCUGGCGAAAAGCGGAGCCAGAGAGGAUGAGCUGAAUCAAAUUCCUACUCUGCCAUUUUUCUCCCAAGUAAUGACCUACACAAAAUUCAAUAUGACCGAAGUACCACUGCCUGCUUGUGGGGGAGGCCCGCAGAGGGGUGAACCACAGGUCACGGCGUCUAAAAUUUAUUAAAAUGUUCGAGAGCCUCGUGACGCGCCUAGCUGUUUAACAAAGACUGCCAAAGUAUGAGAUUAAUACGAAAACUUGCGCUUCAAAAACAAAAACACCAAAAAAAAAAAAAAAAAAUCUUGUUCCGGCCUCCUCCGAGGGGGCCCAUGGCUCCUCUGCCCGCAGCCGCUGUUCGGUUUUCUGGAGAGCGGGUCCGCAGGCCGGCCAGCGGCCGGGAGCGCGGGCAGCGGCCCGGUGAGUACUCCCGCCGGCUCUUCUCUGGGCCUUGGCCUCCUCGGCGCGGCGGCGGUGCGCGGGACCGGCUGAGAUUCACAGCCACCCGGCCCUUCGGUUUCCCUUCCUCGCCGCAUCCCUUCUUCCUCGCCUACAAAACGUGGCUGAUUGCCCGCGGGCCGGGCACGCUGGGGACUGCGGAGGGGGGCUUUGGCGACCAGGGGUCACGCCCGCAACCUGUGGCUGCGGGAGCAGGCGGCCUGGAAGCCGCCGAACGACCCCGGGGACACAGGGGAGGGGGCUGCAGACGCAGGCAAGUCACAGCCCGUAUUUUUAUUAUGCAGGAUGCUGUUAGGGUUUUUCUGGGGCGGAGGAGGGAGGGAGCCUGCAGCUCCGGUGAGACCAGUCCUGGAAGUCGCUGAUAAACCCCGUCCUCCGCCCCUGGCGGCUGGCCUCGCAUUGGGCGGGAGGGGGCGGUUUGCCAUGCCUCGGUGGGACCUGACCAGCAGGUGUCGGUGCCCAGUGGGCUCCAGGGAGACCAUCUCUGCGUUUUGCUCUAGGACCAAGCAUACCAACCCCCUAGUGGCUCUGCCCUCCAUUUGUCUCUUGGGGUGCGCUGCCAGGCACCAGGGUCCCGUCUCUUGUGAAGUGUACAGCAGCAGAGAGGCCCAGCGAUCAGCUAGCUGCCCUCUCCAAGGUCUGAAAUGCCAGCGGGCUGGACUGGUUACCCAGAGUCAACAGAAUGGGCUGUAAGGGGCAGGCAAGGGGCCUGGCCUGUUGGAGGGGGUUGUGAAGCCCCUAAGUGGUGUUUGGGGGAGAAUGCUUAAUGCUGGGAGCUGGCGGGCACUGAGAGACAGACUCCAGUCUUCCUGAGUGUCUACCUGGAGAUCCGAGGUUACAAGUACAGUGCAGUAGCUCCCCCUCCCCCGGAUUACGUGUGAGGUCGGCCAGGAAGGGAGACUGUUGGUGUUAGAAAUCAGGGGCAGAGCCUGGAUCUAGAGUGAAAAAUGCAGGGCUCUGCGGAUGGAGCUGCUGGCAGGUGGGAGGUCUCCCGCGCUCACCUGCGGUUGGCAGAGACCCCCCGGGUUGUGGUGGCUGGAGGAUGGCUUUUGUGGAGUUGCUACAUUUGUUAAUGAAAUUGAUGUUAUUCACACCUGCUCUUUGGGGCUGCAGGUAUUUCUGACAAGGGGAGAUGGCUAGUGGGUGGGGCAGAGGCUUCUGGGCACAUUCCCCUCCCCCGUCACGGCUUUCACAGUCCAAGCCUCCCAGUUUAGUCCCCAGUGUCCCAGUUUAGGAAAUCCAGCAGCUACUGGGAGGCUUAGGAAGCUGGAUCUGAAAUCCCAGCUCCCCUGCUCUGACCCCACGGCCAGCAACCGGAGCAGGUGGCCGGGCCCAGUUAGGGAGUGCAUUUAGCAGCAAGGACCCCUGCCCGGGGCCAGGGAGGUGGGAGAACGGGGUUCCUACACACACCUCCUGGGGACUGUCCCCCUCUCGUGGUCCCCAGGAGGUGUGGGAGGGUGGGAGGGGCUGGCACAUCAUCUGGCCGCAUCUUUUAUGGUUCCUCAUUGCCCUUCAUUCGGAAAUGAGACGCCUUUGAUCUUUUUCUCAGGUUGUAAACAGAAUUGCCUGUCAUUAAAUAUCCGGGGCCCCAUCUGCUUGGUCUCCCAGCAUUUUUGUUUACAGCUGUUUCUCUUUCUUUCUACCAUUGACUUUUUCCAAAAGGACUUUUAUUACACCCCCUUCACACCCAGCUGUCCCUGCCUCCUCCCUUUGCUGAGAGGCGCUUUGAAAAAUAUCUAGAUAUUCGUUUGAUCACAGAAUAAAGGCUGCAAGGGGCACGGAGGAACGGAUUGGGGGUUUUGUUUUUUCUUUAAGAAGAAGAAGAAGAAGAAAAAAAAAAACCCUAGAAGUCUUGGGGGAGGGGAGGAACUGGAGGGUACCCAGAAGGGCCUGGUUCUGACUUCAGAGCAGCCUCGGGAUGACCCUUCCUCCUUUUGUGCUUAGCUAAUGUUUACAUCUCAUAAUUCAUGCGCCUCCGAGAGAGUUGCGCAGUAGGGCGAGGCUCGCGUCGCUCGCUCGGCGGACUGGUGGCUUCUCUUUCUCUCUAAGAGGAGACUUGAAGCCUUGUAAUCCCAAGAAUGGACCCGCAGUGCCGUUUUCUGCUCCCAGGGCUCAAAAACUAAAACAAAACGAAAUAAAAUCAAAGCACUCAAACCACACCCCCAAAGAGAAGAACGCUCGGAAAGUGGGAGAACUGGAACAUUUCUGGGCCGAGAAGAUCUGUCUGUCUUCUGUAUAUACCCUGUAGAUCCGAAUUUGUGUAAGGAAUUUUGUGGUCACAAAUUCGUAUCUAGGGGAAUAUGUAGUUGACAUAAACACUCCGCUCAUUUUUCCCCCCAGAAGAUAAAAAUACGCGCUGUCUUUCUAAAUGAGGACAACCCGCAUGCGAAGACGCCUUCCCUUGUCUUUCCUCCUCCGCCCUUUUUUCUCUCAACUGGUCUCAGAUGGAGGAGCCUUCCACCUGAGCUCUCCCGGUGCCUGUCCCUGGGAGCCGGGUCCUUUUCCUCUUUUCUAAGAGGUUCCUGUUGUCGAUGAUGAGGCUUUUAAUUUAUGCUCCGUGCCCCAAGCCCACCUAUUUUCUGUUCUGGGCUAAGGGAGGCUUGACUGGAAAUGUGAAAAACUGCCUGUUGUCUCCAGUGUGCGAAGUCCAAGGAGACUCAUUUUGCAAACGGAUGGAGGGGCUGCCUUUCCGCUGGGGUUCGGCACAAAAUACCCUGGGAAGACGUGAUUACCAGGGAGCAUUGUUGUGUGCGGGGGUCACUUCUGGGGCGCCUACCCCCAGCCUUGCGAGGAUGUGACAUUUCUAUUCGCCCCGGAGGCGGCAGCAUUAGCGGCAAUUACAACGUCUCGGCGCCAUGGUUAGUAUUGCUUCGUUGGUUCUGGAAUUAGCAAAUUGCUAUUCAAUUUGCUCUUAAAAGUUGCAAGUUUUUUUUUUUUUUAAUCCUAAUGUUCAUCUUCAGUAUGGGAUAUCAAGUGGUUUCUGUGGGCCUGAGCUGUGCAGGGAAGUCAAGAGAGGCAUGGAUGGGGUAGGGAGACGGACAAACUGACUGACACAGCCCAGCUAAUAGCGCAGCUAAAUGCGAUUUGGAAGGCGAGGUCUCCCCGAAUUAGUGCAUGAAUUUCCUAUCGAUCCGCCGGCGGUUCCAUUCAUCUCUGACAAGUCUCUCGCGCGCCCGCCCUCCAGCGCCCCACGCCUCCCCUCUCACCCCCCAACCCCUCCCCAUCCGGCUGCAGAGAAAAGCCCUAUGCUCCAUCCGCGCUCCGCGCCCCCCGUGGGUCCCCCUCCUGAGGCGGCGCGUCCAGCCCCGCCGGUCACUGCACUGCUGCCCCACGCAGGCACACACACACACACACACACACACUCUCGCUCUCUCUCAAGGUGCACGAGCUCACUCCCGCCGUGGGGCGGAGAUGCGAGCCGGCCUAAGGCAGCGGAUGGCGGCCGGCGCAAGGCAGGGCUGGAGGGGCUACCCCGGCAGCCCCGGCCUCUGAGGGGCUCCGGGCACCGUGCGCUGCCCAGCGCCCCGACAGGCCCUCCGGGCGCAACUUGCUGGCUCUGGCGCUCUCCCUGGGAUCUGGGAGAGGGCAGGGCGAGGAGGGGGUCGCCCCGCAGGAGCCCUAUGUAAAUCCCAGGGCUGGCUGGGUGGGUGGGGAGGGGGGGAGAGAAGAAGGGGAAAUAGACCUCUGGCUGGAGUAGGGUCCGGGUGAGCAGAUUUCCUUAUCCGGGAAUCGCAGGCGGGGCGGCUAUUGGCUCGGAGGAUCACGUGGGCCCCUAACUUUGUUCACUUGACAGUAAGUAGGAGGGCUUUCGGAAACAGGAAAACGAGUCAGGGGUCGGAAUAAAUUUUAGUAUAUUUUGUGGGCAAUUCCCAGAAAUUAAUGGCUAUGAGUUCUUUUUUGAUCAACUCAAAUUAUGUCGACCCCAAGUUCCCUCCGUGCGAGGAAUAUUCACAGAGCGAUUACCUGCCCAGCGACCACUCGCCCGGGUACUACGCCGGCGGCCAGAGGCGAGAGAGCAGCUUCCAGCCGGAGGCGGGCUUCGGGCGGCGCGCGGCGUGCACCGUGCAGCGCUACGCGGCCUGCCGGGACCCCGGGCCCCUGCCGCCGCCGCCGCCCCCGCCGCCGCCCCCGCCGCCUCCCGGGCUGUCCCCUCGGGCUCCUGCGCCGCCGCCACCCGCCGGGGCCCUCCUCCCGGAGCCCGGCCAGCGCUGCGAGGCGGUCAGCAGCAGCCCCCCGCCGCCUCCUUGCGCCCAGAACCCCCUGCACCCCAGUCCGUCCCACUCGGCGUGCAAAGAGCCGGUCGUCUACCCUUGGAUGCGCAAAGUUCACGUGAGCACGGUAAACCCCAAUUACGCCGGCGGGGAGCCCAAGCGCUCUCGGACCGCCUACACUCGCCAGCAGGUCUUGGAGGUAGGAAGUAGUUCCUCUCCACCCCGCUACCUUUCGCGGUUGCGGAAGGUGGAGAUCGCCCACGCGCUCUGCCUCUCUGAGCGCCAGAUCAAGAUCUGGUUCCAGAACCGGCGCAUGAAGUGGAAAAAAGACCACAAGUUGCCCAACACCAAGAUCCGCUCGGGCAGCACCGCAGGCGCAGCCGCAGCGCCCCCCGGCCGGCCCCACGCAGGCGCCCCCGCGCUCUAGUGCCCCCCGCGCGGGCGCCGCGGACUCGGGGCGGGGGCGGGCAGCGGGGGGAGCCGGGGAGGGCCCGGAGCAGCCCGCCGCCCUCCCCCCACCCCAACUUUGUAGGAAUAAACGCAGACAAGGAGGGGUAGGGAAAGCUUUAUUUAUAGAAAUGACCGAGGGCCCCCACACACCCGAAGCAAGGUUCAAGUCUCUUGCUUUCUUCCUUAAAAAAAAAAAAAAAAAAAGAAGAAGAAGAAGGGGAAAAGGAAGAAAGAAAAAGACAGAAAGAGCAAUAGGAGGAGGCUGCAGCUCCUGUUCCCAGCGUUGGCGAAGAUGGAUCCACGUUUCAUCUUUAAUCACGCCAGGCCCAGGCCCAUCUGUCUUGUUUACUCUGCCGAGAGGACGGGCCUCGGUGGCGACCAUUACCUCGACACCCAGCUAACAAAUGAGGCCCGGCCCGGCCGCCGCCGCUGCCGCCGCUCCUGGAAGGCUGCCUGGAUUUCCUUUCUUUGUCCCCAGCCCCGACACGCAGCGAAAGCAGCCUCUGACUGCCAGAUAGCGCGGUGUUGUGGCCACGGUAACAAACACGCACAGCCUCCCUCCCCCUCCUUGCCGCGGCUGCUCGCCCCCUUCCACCUGGGCUGCAGCGGGAGACAGAGGAAGGGGACAGGGAUUGGGGGCGGGGAGAUUGAGGCCAGGAUUUGGGGCGGGGGCGGGGGGGGGGGGCGGGAGAAAAAGGGAACCCAGGAGGGCCUUCCUCUGGAGGGCCGGGCCUGGCGGGGCACAGGGCUGCGGGCUCCAGGGGCCUUGCCUCCGUGGCUGAAAAUGAGCGUGAAACUAGGAGGCGAAUGCCCUGCCCCACCUCGCCGGUGUGCACUGCCUGGCAGAGCCCCUCCUACAGUUUGACCUUGUUGCAUCGUUUAUUUUAUUAUUAUUAUUAUUAUUAAUAUUAUUAUUAUUACUAUUAUUUUAUGCCAUACGUGUCCUCCUGUUCUCUCUCUGACAUUCCAAGCUGGGAUGUGCCCCUCAACCCCCACCUCAGGGGCUGCCUGGGUCUAGAACCUUUCGUUGGCGUGAAAAUGUGUGUCAUGUACAGAGUGACAAUAGAAAUAAAUGUUUGGUUUCUUGUGACCAGCA